GCGGGGUGACGUGCCCAUCCUCUGUGACGUACUUUGUCACAGAGACUCUGCCGUACGAGGCCUAAAUUUAUGACGUCAGUUUUUUUUUCUGUCGGACACUAUCGAUCAUAGAUAUUUUGUGAACAUUUUCGGGCUGGAUACUAGCCUACUGUAUCCGACAGCUCCCGGUGUAUUUCUAAAUUUGAGUUCCAAAGGUUUUUCACCAAACCCGCGGAAUAACUUUCCUCAGUAUUUGUUACGUGAAAGUCUAAAUACGAGUUCUCCCAAGCCCACGCCGUGAUCGGGAGCUGUACGGCGGCCUUUGAAAGAUGUCACUUGGUGGUUCUCCUGUGACCCUCGUCCAGCUGCCAGGGGGCCAGCUACAGGUUCAAGGAGUGAUCCAGUCUCCACAGUCGUCGGUCAUUCAGGCCCCGCAGACGCAUACUUCACAGGGUUCAGAUAGUGAGGAUUCACAGGAUUCAUCAGAAAGUGGAACCACACCACAAAAGACCAGAGAGCUUCUGGCCAGGCGACCGUCGUACAGGAAAAUCCUGAAUGAGCUUUCAUCUGAGGGCGUUCCACACAGUGAGGGCAAAGACAGCUCGACAACCACAGGAGUGACGGGCGUCACCAUCCCCGCACCCAUCUAUCAGACCACCACCGGCCAGUACAUCACCGUAACUCCAAAUGGAACCAUCCAGCUGACAAAUCCAGGCCCCGAUGGAAUCCAGGAGCUUCAGGUUGCCAUGGCCAACCCGACCGGAGGCCAGCAGGGCACCACCAUCCUUCAGUAUGCUCAGACCCCUGACGGCCAGCAGAUAUUGGUACCAAGUAACCAGGUGGUUGUACAGGAUGCAGGGGGAGAAGUACAGACGUAUCAAAUUCGUUCAACGCCGACAUCGGGCUCUCUGCCCCAGGCCUUAGUUAUGGCUUCGUCUCUGGGAUUGCCUCAGAGCAAAAGUGAAGAUCCGACGAUGAAGAGGGAAAUAAGACUUGCGAAAAACAGGGAAGCGGCCCGGGAAUGUCGGCGGAAGAAAAAGGAAUAUGUCAAAUGCCUUGAGAAUCGAGUGGCGGUGCUCGAGAACCAAAACAAAACCCUGAUAGAGGAACUGAAAAGCUUAAAGGAACUUUAUUGCGUCAAAACAGGGUAAAAGUGCAAGUGCAGAGACUCGUGUGCUAGCGGGAACAGCUCUCAGCUUUUUUGGACACCCUCGUGUUUCUGGGAACGCUUCAGGUUGACAUCCACAAUCUUUUUACUCCGCUCAAUGUAACAAUGAUAUAGACAUAUAUCGAAACAAAAAGAAUUUGGACUUUUUUUCCAGCUAUUUUUUUUAUUUACUAAUGCUAUAACAUUUAUAGUUGUGUAUAUUUUUUAAACUGGGAGGUUUGAAAUGAUGAGCUUUUUACCUUUUGACUCUCAAUUUCUAAAUGCUCUUGUUUAAAAAAAAGAAAUGCUGUUUGGUGUUUUUUUAGGUCUACCAACAGCAUUUACAGAAUCGACUGUAUUAGUUCUAUGUGAACACGUUUGCUACACAGAAAUUUCUAUUAUUCCCAAUAAGGAAAUGUUACAAUUUUCAUACUUUGUGCAAAGGGAUGUAAAGGGUAACAGAAUUACAGUGUGAUUGUUCAUUCUGAGACAAUCUGGACAAAAUAUUGCACAGUGUCAGGGUAAUAUGUUGUUUCAUGGUGGAAAGGGCGGCCUUGUGGAACAGUGUAUGAAAUGUUGCUGAUGAUGUAAGUAAAUAAUAUAUAUUUUCA